UAUAGUGCUCGUUCCCUUCCUGAGCAGAGUCAGUUUCUCUUCUGAGCGUGUGAGAUCUCUAUUGCAUUGUAGCUUGACUAUUUGAAACUCUGUGUCAACCACGAUAUACCUAUCAAACCGAUAUGGCAUCUACAACAGGACAACAAUAUCUCGACAUUGAAAUCAAAGAUGACAUGAAGUAUGACAUCCGAAUCGAAAAUGCUCAUAUAGAAAGCGGCGAGUUUUACAGGGAGGGUGAUCAGAAUGAUACCCUAACCACCGACGACAUUGAAGACAUGAUUAUUCGCCAUAACGGGGGUCUGCGGCAUGUCUGUUCCUGUGGCGAAGAAAAAGGCUUCAAAGGGUUGCAAGGCACAAUUGACCUCAUCGACGAUGUAAAGGAUGCCAGAAUCUGCACCCUAGCAUGGAAUGCUCCUAUGGAGCCCGGAAAAAGGAAUAUGUUCAUGCUGCGUGAUCAGGACCCACGAUACAAUGUCGAUAUUGGAAAGUGGAAUGAAUCUGGUAUCUUGGGCAAGGUUCCAGUUACCAUCAGGGAUGAGUAGGAUGUCUGGGAUAUGCAACAGGAUGAUUUGUCAUUGUGUGGCUUCUUUUCCUACAUACGAAACUCAUAUAUGAAGCUUUCAUACAAUGGUGGCCCGAAGUGUUAUUACCCUCUUCAAUGAGCCAGUCUAAUCUAAUUCACUGUUCCACGGCAUCUGCUGUCUAGAUGCGCUGGCACAGAGGUGAACUCAACUGUGAAGAUCGGUC